GUUCCUUUUACACCACCGGUGCCAGCCAUCUUGGUGAUAACAGUGUGACGGUCGGUGUAAGGGAAAUCACAUACUUGACUUUUUCGUUUGACGAGACAUUACAUUUCGUCUGGUGUCGUUGAAAAACUAAUUUGGCUUUACGCCAUGUCGACGGUUCUACCGAUUAGGUUUCAGGAGCAUGUACAGCUCCAAAGUGUUGGUAUCAAUGCUGCCAAUAUAGGAUUUAGCACUCUGACCAUGGAGUCAGAUAAGUUCAUCUGUGUCAGAGAAAAAGUAGGUGAAACAGCCCAAGUAGUAAUAAUUGAUAUGAAUGACCCUACAAAUCCAAUUCGUCGUCAAAUUUCAGCAGACUCGGCUAUCAUGAACCCAACUAGUAAAGUCAUUGCAUUAAAAGCUGGAAAGACCCUACAGAUUUUCAAUAUUGAAAUGAAGAGCAAAAUGAAAGCCCAUACAAUGACAGAAGAUGUAAUCUUUUGGAAAUGGAUUUCUGUUAACAUGAUCGGACUUGUCACUGAAGCAGCAGUUUACCAUUGGGCUAUGGAAGGUGAUUCUCAACCACAGAAAGUGUUUGAAAGGCACACAAAUCUUAAUGGAUGUCAAAUCAUCAACUACAGGACUGAUGCUGCACAGCAGUGGUUAUUACUUGUUGGCAUCUCAGCACAGCAAAAUCGUGUUGUGGGAGCAAUGCAGUUGUACUCUGUGGAAAGAAAAGUUAGUCAGCCUAUUGAAGGCCAUGCUGCUGCAUUUGCAUCUUUUAAGGCUGAAGGAAAUCCCUUGCCAUCUACCCUUUUUAUAUUUGCUGUUCGUGGUGCCCAGGGUGGAAAGCUUCAUCUGAUUGAAGUAGGAACCCCACCAGCUGGUAAUCAACCAUUUACAAAAAAAGCUGUGGAUGUUUUUUUCCCUGUUGAGGCACAAAAUGAUUUUCCUGUUGCAAUGCAGACAAGUAACAAACAUGGUGUUGUUUUUCUGGUUACAAAAUAUGGCUACAUUCACAUGUAUGAUGUCGAAACAGGCACAUGCAUUUACAUGAACAGAAUUAGUGCUGACACUAUUUUUGUAACUGCACCUCAUGAAGCUACAGAUGGUAUCAUUGGUGUGAACAGAAAAGGGCAGGUACUAUCUGUCAGUGUGGAGGAAGAAAAUAUUGUUCAGUAUAUAAACAGCCAACUGCAAAAUCCAGACUUGGCCCUUAAAAUAUCAUCACGGUGCAAUCUGCCUGGUGCUGAAGACUUGUUUGUGUCUAAAUUCAACAGUCUUUUUCAAGCUGGAAAUUACAUGGAGGCAGCAAAAGUUGCUGCCAGUGCCCCAAAGGGCAUCUUGCGAACGCCUCAGACUAUUCAAAGAUUUCAACAAGUACCUGCUAUCCAAGGCUCAACUUCACCCCUUCUGCAGUACUUUGGAAUACUUUUGGAUAAAGGACAGCUCAACAAGUAUGAAUCACUUGAGCUGUGUCGGCCGGUGUUACAACAAGGACGUAAGCAGCUUAUUGAGAAGUGGUUAAAAGAGGAAAAGCUGGAAUGUAGUGAAGAACUUGGAGAUAUUGUUAAAACUACUGACCCAACACUCUCUUUGUCUGUUUACUUGAGAGCUAAUGUCCCUCAAAAAGUUAUUCAGUGUUUUGCUGAAACUGGACAGUUCCAAAAAAUCAUUCUGUACUCCAAAAAAGUAGGUUUUACACCAGACUAUGUGUUUUUAUUGCGCAACUUGAUGCGCAUUAACCCAGAACAAGGCUUACAGUUUGCUCAAAUGAUGGUUCAAGAUGAUGAGCCUCUGGCAGAUUUGAAUCAGAUUGUGGAUAUUUUUAUGGAAUUUAAUUUGAUCCAACAAUGUACAUCCUUCUUGUUGGAUGCUCUUAAAAAUAACAGACCAGCAGAAGGUCCACUGCAAACUCGGCUUCUCGAAAUGAAUUUAAUGUCUGCUCCACAGGUAGCAGAUGCUAUUCUUGGCAAUCAGAUGUUUACACACUAUGACCGUGCUCACAUUGCACAGCUUUGUGAAAAAGCAGGCCUUCUUCAAAGAGCCCUGGAACACUACACUGAUUUGUAUGAUGUCAAGAGAGCUGUAGUCCAUACCCAUCUGCUUAAUCCUGAAUGGCUAGUAACAUAUUUUGGGACUUUAUCUGUGGAUGACUCUCUAGAAUGUCUUAAAGCUAUGCUGACUGCUAAUAUUAGACAGAACCUCCAAGUUUGUGUGCAGAUAGCUUCAAAGUAUCAUGAACAACUUACAACUGAGAGUCUUAUUGAGCUGUUUGAGUCCUUUAAAAGCUAUGAAGGUCUUUUCUACUUUCUGGGAUCCAUUGUCAACUUCAGUCAAGAUAGUGAAGUUCAUUUUAAGUACAUACAGGCAGCUUGCAAAACUGGGCAAAUUAAAGAAGUGGAAAGAAUUUGCAGAGAAAGUAAUUGUUAUGAUCCUGAACGAGUAAAGAACUUCUUGAAGGAAGCAAAGCUCACCGACCAGUUGCCACUUAUCAUUGUUUGUGAUCGAUUUGACUUUGUACAUGAUUUAGUCUUGUACUUGUAUAGAAAUAAUCUUCAGAAAUACAUAGAGAUAUAUGUUCAGAAGGUGAACCCUUCUCGUUUACCUGUAGUUGUGGGAGGACUUUUGGAUGUAGAUUGUGCUGAAGAUAUUAUCAAGCAACUUAUUUUAGUGGUUAGAGGACAGUUUUCAACAGAUGAGUUGGUUGAGGAAGUUGAAAAGAGAAACAGAUUAAAGCUGCUGCUUCCAUGGCUAGAAACCAGAGUGCUAGAAGGAGUGACCGAAGCUGCUACUCACAAUGCUCUGGCCAAAAUCUACAUAGAUAGCAACAACAACCCUGAAAGAUUCCUCAGAGAAAAUCAGUUCUAUGAUAGUCGUAUUGUUGGAAAGUAUUGUGAAAAAAGAGAUCCUCAUUUGGCUUGUGUAGCUUAUGAGAGAGGACUUUGUGAUGAAGAGCUUAUAAAGGUGUGCAAUGAAAACUCCUUGUUCAAGAGUGAGGCCAGGUAUCUUGUACGCAGAAGGGAUCCUGACUUGUGGGCAACUGUUUUAAGUGAAGAAAAUGAGUUUAAGAGACAACUUAUUGAUCAGGUUGUGCAGACAGCCCUGUCCGAAACACAAGACCCAGAAGAGAUUUCUGUAGCUGUAAAAGCAUUUAUGACAGCUGAUCUUCCAAAUGAAUUGAUUGAACUACUAGAGAAAAUAGUUUUAGAGACAUCUGUCUUUAGUGAUCAUAGAAACCUUCAAAAUCUGCUAAUCCUUACUGCCAUUAAGGCUGAUCGGACUCGUGUCAUGGAAUACAUCAAUCGACUUGAUAAUUAUGAUGCUCCAGAUAUUGCUAACAUUGCUAUCUCCAAUGAACUCUAUGAAGAAGCUUUUGCUAUAUUUAAAAAGUUUGAAGUGAAUACAUCUGCUAUCCAAGUUUUAAUUGACAACGUAAACAACCUUGACCGAGCUUAUGAAUUUGCAGAGAGGUGUAAUGAUCCUGCUGUAUGGAGCCAACUGGCUAGAGCUCAGUUGAACCAAGGCCUAGUUAAGGAAGCCAUUGACUCGUACUUUAAGGCUGAUGACCCUUCACAAUAUAUGGAAGUUGUGGCUGUUGCUAGCAAGAAUGAAAAUUGGGAGGAUUUGGUGAAGUUCCUUCAGAUGGCUAGAAAGAAAGCCAGAGAAACCUUUGUUGAAACCGAAUUGGUUUAUGCUUAUGCCAAAACUAACAGAUUAGCAGAUAUGGAAGAAUUUAUUUCAGGUCCUAACCAUGCCAAUAUUACCCAGGUGGCAGAUCGAUGUUUUGACAACAAGAUGUAUGAUGCAGCAAAACUGUUGUACAACAAUGUAUCAAAUUAUGCCAGAUUGGCAAUCACAUUAGUGCACUUGGGUGAAUAUCAAGGAGCCGUUGACAGUGCCAGAAAAGCAAAUAGCACAAAAACAUGGAAAGAAGUUUGUUUUGCUUGUGUAGAUAAUGGAGAAUUUAGAUUAGCACAGAUGUGUGGUCUCCAUAUUGUUGUCCAUGCUGAUGAACUAGAAGAAUUAAUCAAUUACUAUCAAGACAGAGGAUACUUUGAAGAAUUAAUACAGUUGUUAGAAGCUGCAUUAGGUCUUGAGCGAGCACAUAUGGGCAUGUUUACUGAACUUGCCAUUUUGUACUCCAAGUACAAACCUGAGAAAAUGAGAGAACAUCUAGAACUAUUCUGGUCAAGAGUCAACAUUCCAAAGGUUUUGAGAGCAGCUGAGCAAGCACAUCUGUGGCCUGAGCUUGUAUUCCUUUAUGAUAAAUAUGAUGAGUUUGACAAUGCAAUUCUUACCAUUAUGGCACACCCAACUGAAGCCUGGAGGGAACCACAAUUCAAAGAUAUUAUUACCAAGGUGGCAAACAUUGAGCUCUAUUAUAAAGCAAUCCAAUUCUACCUUGAUUUUAAACCAAUGCUGCUCAAUGAUCUUCUACUUGUGCUCACACCUAGACUGGAUCACACACGAGCAGUCAACUUUUUCCAGAAGGUCAAUCAAAUUCCUCUUGUCAAGCCAUAUUUGAGGUCUGUGCAAAAAAAUAAUAAUAAAGCCAUAAAUGAAGCAAUAAAUAACCUGUUUAUUGAAGAAGAAGAUUAUCAAGGAUUGCGCACUUCCAUUGAUGCAUACGAUAAUUUUGAUAACAUAGCUCUAGCUCAACGUUUAGAGAAGCAUGAAUUAAUAGAGUUCAGGCGUAUUGCUGCAUAUUUGUACAAAGGCAAUAACCGCUGGAAGCAGAGUGUUGAUUUGUGCAAGAAAGACAGGUUGUUCAAGGAUGCAAUGACAUACGCUGGGGAGUCCAGACAAAUUGAAAUUGCUGAAGACCUUAUUGCAUGGUUCUUGGAAAAUAGCAACCAUGAGUGUUUUGCAGCCUGCCUUUUCCAAUGCUAUGACCUAUUAAGACCAGAUGUCAUCUUGGAACUAGCAUGGAGACACAAUAUAAUGGAUUUUGCUAUGCCAUACAUGAUUCAAGUCAUGAGAGAGUACACCUCAAAGGUUGACAAGCUGGAACAGUCUGAGUCUGUGAGAAGUGAAGAGGAACAGAAGGCAGAAGAAAGACCAAUUGUUUUAACGGAACCCCAACUGAUGCUGACUGCUGGACCAAUGGGAAUCCCACCUCAGGCUGCUUAUGGCUAUGUUCCUGGAGCAAUGCCUGGUGCAAUGCCUGGCUAUGGCUACACUAUGUGAGAAUUUCAGUGAAAGUGGUUAAAUUUAUUUCCUCAGUGUGAAGCAUUGAAGUUGGCUAAAAAUCUCAUCUAAGAUGAUUUCUCUAGUUAUUUGAGAUUAGCAAACCAAUCACUGACUGAAGUGGUACGUCAGUGAAAAGCUGUCAACACAUUUGUGAUGAAUACAACUAGCUGAUAUAAAUGUACUUCUACAUGAUUUUAUUUUUUAGUUGUUGCGCCAUAUAUCUACUGUCAUAUUUCUUUUUAUUGUAUGACACUAACAAUAGUGUUAAUCGUUUCCAAUUAUAACAUUUCCUAGCUUAGUUCAUAUUAAAGUCAGUUUAAUAUAUCAUGUUCCUGAUUUAAAUAUGAUUCUUCACCUAGGGCUAGCAAAAUUUAGCUAAUGAAAUCGGCCAAUUAGAUGUGCAAUCAAUAAGUAUCCUAAUGAUUUUCAUUACCAAUUUUUAAGAACAGCCAAGAAAAGCAUACCAUUAACAUUAGAAUCAUAUUUAGUUUUGGUCAAUUUUAAGCUAAGAAGCAGAUAAAAGUAUGGAUUGGAUAGCACUUUGAAUUAUAAUGACCUGUUGUCUGGAGACAUGAAACUGGUACAAGCUAGUAAUACUAAUCCAAUAGAAGCCUCUUUCUUAUUUGAAAUGAAUGUAACCAAGUUUUUUUAUUUACAUGUUAUAAGCAUGUGGGUUGAAUUGUAAAUGUUUUUAGAUUUGUGAUACACAUACUAAACAGAAAUUAAUCUUUUUUCCCUUGCACAAGUUGACUUUGUAAAAUUAAAUGUUAUCUAAAUACUUCAACCAGUAGCUAUUAUUAGUACCUAAAAAAAUAUUUUGAUGCAAUUAAGUGUAAUAAGAAUAAGAGCAGCCAGAUAGAUUUGAUAUGAAAAAAUAGGGAUUAGAUAAUGACUGUCUGUCUUAUGUGUGUAUCAAACGGUGUUAUGUAUUCUACUUGUCUUGUAUCAAUCAACGUAGUUAGCUCACUCUCUAAUCUUUGUUGGUGUUGUUCUACACUAGUUACACUUGGUCAGCUCUCAAACUUAUCAAUGUUGAUUGCUCUACUACUGGUGAUAUUUUUUUCCCCUUGAAAUUGAAAAAAAAAACAAGCAAAUUCUAGGAUUAGAAAUGAAAAUCAACUACUGUUCAACAUGAUUUUAUGUCACUUUUAUUUUUUUAUGACUUCAUUUUUCUUUAAGCCCAAACUAUUUCACAUUUUUAAAAACUAUUUAAAAUAACAUUUGCUGAUUUUUACAAGGAAAACAUUCCUAUUGUUGGUUAUACUUUGUCAUUUACAAUUUUUGUAGGUAAAUUUGCAUGCUUGUACUCCUCAUGUAUUAUCAUAGCAACUGGUAUUGCCUUAGAAAUAGUCUCCCCUGGGCAAGUAGUGAUGUUUGUCAUUGCUAGAAUUGAUGUGGGUACACAGCCAGCAGUAGUUUGAUGUUGUAUUUAUAAGGAUGUGGAUGGAAGAAAUAUGCAAAACUCGGAUAACAGAUGUAGUUGUCCCAUUUGUUUUUACAAUUGUAUUUCAGUCACUUUUUUGUUACCAUUGUCAUUAUUUGCUUGUAAAAUGAUUUUUCUUUCUUUUAAAGUUCCUGUGGGUAAAAUUAAGUUGACUGUGUGCACCUCUGAUAGAAGAUCAAAGCUAGAUAUUAGUAACAAUCAAGUAGUAAUGCAUGUUGACUGUGUUACUUGAAUUAUUCAUUUCUUAGGAUUUGAUUUUUCCAUUGACAAAUUGUCUGGCAUUUCAGUUUUUACCCCAAUAUGUACCGAGAACAAAUAAUUUAAAAUGAGUUUGUCCAGUAAUUUUACCCCUUUCUACCCAACCUGAGUUUUCUACUCUGCAUUAUUUGUUCAAUCAUUUUCAAAUAUUUUUCAAUGCUCUUGUUGGUAGUGUGAGGGACUUUUAAAAAAAAAUUGGCUAAUGAUACUGUUUUGUUAAUUUAUUGGGCGCAAGUAUCGCAUUGGUAUGACUUAUUUAGGCUUGUGAAACUGUCAUAGAUUUUUGGGGUCUAUAAAUUUGAUGUCUUAUAGUAUGUCAGAUUGUGUGCUGUAAUUAUUCUGUUGGUUAAAGAGCUAUUAAAUAUACCAAGUAUACAGUC